ACAGGGAAAAUAACCCAGGCUGGGGGUUCACUGACACAUGUGCCACACCGGGGCAGGGAAACCAGCAGCUUGAUCGGCUGCAGCGGACGGAGACGCUCGGCACUCACGACCGACGGACGGACAGCUACCUAGCCGAGCGUGGGCUGCCCCAGCACGGAGAGCCUGGUAGGCUAGGACCCGCUCGACUCGUGUCGUUACCGGAGAUCUGCGGCUCCGAGGGGAGCGACGGGGGACUCUGUCGGGCGCCUCUUGUGUUGCCGACCCGAGGCCUGGAGUGUCACCGGAUCAGCGGCAGGUUUACAGCGCCGGGGCAAAGUUCUCGGUUUACGGGCGGCGCAGCCACCGCUGCUCCAGCGGAGCUCCAUCUCCCAGCAGCUCUCCCUCCCCCCUCCUCCGCCCCUUCCUCCACCGCCAGACAUCAGCGUCACUAUCGGCGCACAGUCAGUAGCUCUGUGCUGGGUCUCCAGGCGAGGAGGUUCCCCCCCAAUGCUCGGGGUAACACAACAAGCUGCCAUGGAUUAUUCUGUGCCAUCGUGUCGUUGUUUUGGACUCGAGUGAACCCUCGAUGACUGUUUCUUUCCGGGGACGCUGCAAGACUUCCCCAAUCCCCGCAGCCAGUCUCCUCGCAGCCGUUAGCUUGUCAAGCACAUCGCUGCCUGAAGCCGAGCCAGUGCUAACUGUUGGUGCCAGCUGCUCGCCGCGUUUGCUGCUGACAACCGGGACAUUUAACGUGUCCGCCGAGCUGGAGGAACCCAACCUGGAUGCAUAGCGAGAUUCAUCUCCCUACACGCUGCUCGUUAGUUAGCCUACUGGCUAGCAGGUUUCAUUUUUUUCGCUAGCUAGCGCGGAAGCUAACUAGCAGACGAACCCAAAUAUCGACAUUGCAAGCGGGCUAAAGCGAGCUAGCUCUCGGGCGUUGAGGAUUUGGCUCGAGGUUAGUUGAUGACGCCCACCUGUUUGGGUUGGAUUGGGUGCUAAACCUCUCAGUGUCUAAACGCGUCUUUCUCGGGCGACAUUUUUUGUGCAUGUGUGUGUGAGUGUGUGUGUGAGAGGGGCAGAGAGAGAUUGAUGAGGCGAUAAGCAGGAACAUUGCAGCCUACACAGGAAGCCAGCAACAACGACGGCAACAUAAACACGACCGCGGUGUGUGGAGUCCUUGUUGCGGGGGGAUGUAGACCCAGAGUCCCGACCCGUCUCCAACCUGUGCUUGCGUGGUUUUAUUUGUGCCAAAAACGCGCCUGAGAGACUUGCGUGUGUUUUUGUUUGUAUGUGCGCGCAAGCCGAGACACAUCCAGGACAUCGGCGGUGGACACUUCAACCUGUCGCCCACUGUCCUCCCCCCCCCCACACCCCGAGCCCCCUUCAUUUCACUUCUCUGAGACCAAGGGAAGAGACCCGACCACACGUGUUGUUCUAACCACCGUAAGACUGUUUUUUUUGUUGUUGUUGGUUUCCAGACACGGAAGGAGCUAAGUGGUUUUUUUUCCUUCUGUCGGCGUGUGUUUACACUUUGAGGGAAAAUCCCAGAAAACACAUGCUGCACUGGAGACCGACCCGCCGUGUGGACCCAUUUCCAUGAGGAGGACCGGAGGAGUCCCCAGUGACCCGUGGGAUCUGACAGCUGUCCCCAGAGCCGACACCUGGUGCACCUUCCCCUCUCUGUGAGACAGAUUGCUACAACGCGAGGAGGAGCUGGCCUCACCAACAGAUCUCAUCAGCCUUUCCUUGCAUUGUUUGCCGCCCCCAGAAGCCCGCAUGUGUUUUCUGUUUUACAUUCUGCACUAAAUGGGAUUACAAGGACGGUGAUCAGGCGGGGCCCCGUGACUGUCAUUUCUCACCUAACCUGUCACCCAAUGUCUUUCUCCCUGAAUUUCCCCUUUUCUUUUACAACGAUGGCAGUCUGAGGCGAGGUGAACACACCGCAGCCGGAGACAGCGACGCGGCUCCAAGUCGAUUGUCCGCCCCGCCGUCACGCACCUCGGCCCUUGAUGCUGGUCACAUCUGGCGCCGGACCCAAUUUUUUAAUUCCCUGACAACCAAACCCAUCUCCCCGUCUCCGGUUCUCGUAUCAGCUGUGGUCGCACCAGGGUCGAAAGAUGGCGGACCUCGAAGCAGUACUCGCCGAUGUCAGUUAUUUGAUGGCGAUGGAGAAGAGCAAGUCUACACCGGCGGCCCGGGCGAGCAAGAAGAUCAUCCUGCCCGAGCCCAGUAUUCGCAGUGUGAUGCAGAAGUACCUGGAGGAGAGAGAUGAACUGACAUUUGACAAAAUCUUCAACCAGAAAAUUGGCUUCUUACUCUUCAAGGACUUCUGUAUGAAUGAGAUUGACGAGGCCGUGCCACAGCUCAAGUUCUACGAAGAAAUUAAGGACUACGAGAAGCUGGACUCGGAGGAGGAGAGGUUGAGCCGCAGCCGACAGAUUUACGACGGCUAUAUCAUGAAGGAGCUCCUGUCCUGUUCACAUCCGUUCUCUAAGAAAGCAGUGGACCAUGUGCAGAGUCACUUGGCAAAGAAACAGGUUCCCCCAACUCUCUUCCAGCCAUACAUAGUGGAGAUCUGUGACAGCCUGAGAGGGAAUAUCUUCCAGAAGUUCAUUGAGAGUGAUAAGUUUACUCGCUUUUGCCAGUGGAAGAAUGUGGAGCUCAACAUUCACCUGACCAUGAAUGACUUCAGUGUGCAUCGGAUCAUCGGCAGGGGUGGCUUCGGAGAGGUGUAUGGCUGCAGGAAGGCCGACACGGGGAAGAUGUAUGCCAUGAAGUGUUUGGACAAGAAGAGGAUCAAGAUGAAGCAGGGGGAGACUCUAGCGCUCAAUGAGAGAAUCAUGCUGUCAUUAGUCAGCACAGGGGACUGCCCAUUCAUCGUAUGUAUGACGUACGCCUUUCACACCCCUGACAAGCUGUGCUUCAUCCUGGACCUCAUGAACGGGGGCGACCUGCACUACCAUCUGUCUCAGCACGGCGUGUUCAGUGAGAAAGAGAUGCGUUUCUACGCAGCUGAAAUCAUCCUGGGUCUGGAACACAUGCACAACCGAUUCGUUGUCUACAGAGACCUGAAGCCAGCCAAUAUUCUACUGGAUGAACACGGCCAUGUUCGUAUCUCCGACCUCGGCCUGGCUUGCGACUUCUCCAAGAGGAAACCCCACGCCAGUGUCGGUACUCAUGGUUACAUGGCUCCAGAGGUUCUUCAGAAGGGGACGGCGUACGACAGCAGCGCCGACUGGUUCUCCUUAGGCUGCAUGCUCUUCAAACUCCUCCGAGGGCACAGUCCAUUCAGACAGCACAAGACCAAAGACAAGCAUGAGAUUGACCGCAUGACCCUCACCAUGAAUGUGGAGCUGCCAGACUCUUUCACUGCAGAGCUCAAAGAUCUGCUGGAGGGGCUGCUGCAGAGGGAUGUGUCCAAGAGGCUCGGCUGCCAGGGCCGAGGAGCCCCUGAGGUGAAGGAGCAUCAGUUUUUCAAAGGCAUUGACUGGCAGCAGGUGUACCUCCAGAAGUACUCUCCCCCGCUAAUCCCCCCCAGGGGAGAGGUGAACGCCGCAGAUGCUUUCGACAUAGGCUCUUUUGAUGAGGAGGACACCAAGGGCAUCAAGUUGCUGGACAGUGACCAGGAGCUGUACAAGAACUUUCCUCUGGUCAUUUCGGAGCGCUGGCAGCAGGAGGUGGCAGAGACGGUCUACGAGGCCGUCAACUCGGACACGGACAAGAGCGAGGCUCGCAAGAGGGCUAAGAACAAGCAGCUGGGCCACGAGGAGGACUACGCCCUGGGUAAAGACUGCAUAAUGCACGGCUACAUGUUGAAGCUGGGGAACCCGUUCCUAACUCAGUGGCAGCGUCGAUACUUCUAUCUCUUCCCAAAUCGUGUGGAGUGGAGGGGGGAGGGCGAGUCGCGGGGCAACUGGCUAAAACAUUUUAAAAAGCAGAGCGACGGGCAAAACCUGCUGACGAUGGAGCAGAUAGUGACGGUGGAGGAAACGCAGAUUAAAGACAAGAAAUGUAUCCUGCUGCGCAUCAAAGGAGGGAAGCAGUUUGUGCUGCAGUGUGAGAGUGAUCCCGAGUUUGUGCAGUGGAAGAAAGAGCUGACCGAAGCGUUCACAGAAGCCCAGAAGCUGCUGCGUCGUGCCCCAAAAGUCAUCGGGAAAGGGCGGACUGGAGUGGUGGAGCUCUCCAAACCUCCCCUCACGCACCGCAAUAGCAAUGGCCUGUGAAUACACAUACACCAACAUAUACACACACAUAUAUAUAUAUAUAAAUACACAGAACACACACACACUUACACACAAACACACAAACACACACUGCAAUCCACCUCCCUCCCUUCCCCCCUCCUCAUCAGCCACAGGACAUUUGCUCUGACACCUUCCCACCGAUCGCCCACGACGCCUCGCAGUGUGUCAGCGGAGCAUGCCCACCAGCCUCUUGCAGAACGCACACUUUCAACAUGACGACCAAUCAUGAGCACGAUAUCGUUUUUUUUCUGCCAUGGGACCUUGCCAGUCAUGGAGAGGGAGAAAGGACAAGGCAAGGAGAGAGACAACAUUCAGGAGGACCCUGCACGUGAAGAACCUCUGCAUUAAAGUGACUUGGAUGUAACGCUCCUCUCUUUCUCUUUAUCACUCCCCUCCCCUUGUCCCCCCCCACCACUACCCACCUUACUAGGUUUGAAUCAGGUGAAUUCGUAACCAGGACCCGCAGUAGCCUGACAGACUCCUCAAAAAGCCCACGGAGCUAAAGCUCUGAUUACUGUCGCUCAGCUGAGAUGAGACCAGGCUUUACUGGGGAAUGUAUUUCUGCGAGAGAGAGAAAAAAAGGCUGCUCCACUGGUUCUUCUCAUCCCUCCCUCUAACCAUUUCUCCCUGCAUUAUUACAUUAAGUGCAUAAAGUGCCAACAUCAAUAUUUACUUCAGUCACCUGAGCACCCAGAAGGACCUGCUCUGUGGCAGAUGCCCCCCCCCCCACACUCAAUCCAGACACACAGAGGAGGGGGGGUUUGCAGCAGUAGUGGGGAUGGUUGAUCAUUCCAGUGCAGACAACCGGAAGUACAAGGACCACAGACUCUUUCAGAUUGGCUCUUGUACAGCCAGUUACCAUAGAGACUGAUAUUUCAUUGGCUGACAAACGGCAGCCGGUUGCUAUGGGAACCAUGAAGACUGGUAUACAUGGGAAUUGGUAACCACAGACAACGGUAUAACUAUUGUGUAUGAAGGCUACACUUGCAGAGAAAGAGAUGAUAGCAUAUGUAGGGGAGGGAGGGGGUGAGGAAGAGUGUAUAUAAACAACCCUUUCUCUGUGCAUCUCCAGUGUUCUAGUCUAACGUGUUUGCAUUAUCGGGCACUUCUGUGUCUGCCUGUUUGUGAAUCUGUCCUGGCUUUUAGGGAAGAGGAAGAGGCUUGUUUUCCUGCUGGGAGGGGGAGGUUGGGUGGGGGAGGGAGGUUGGGGACAGGCAGAAGCGUGACAGCUUUCAGUCACUGGCAUCGCUGCAUUAGCUCAGUUGGACUGUGUGUGUGUUUGAAUACGAGGAGGGGAAAUCCUCUUAAGGGUCAAACAACACGCUCUGUGUUCGUGCACGGCAGCGUGCGCCUCGUGUCUCCAUCUCAGCGGCAAGUGGAAGUAACGGUUUACCUUGCCGCUCACACACAGUCGCCAUCGUAGGUUUACGAUUGCAGUCGGUCUGUUGUGGAAGGUGCGGUUGCAGUGAGGGAAAUAAAGAGGAAGAGCUGAAACUAAUUAAAGGAGUAAUCCACCUUCAAACAGACCAAACACAACGAUGUUAGCGGCAUUUCAGGUGUUUUUUUCUUUUCUUUUCUUCUUUUCUCGAAAACUAGUUUUUGCGCUCGUUCCUUCAACCUGCCUCAUCUGCAUAUAUUCCUGUAUUGGUUGAAUUGGCCUACAUUUCCCACAAUGCCUGUGGACAGCAGCUAGAGUCGUUUGUCCUUCUAGGAAAAGAGUGAAAAGGUUUUUUCCAGGAGAAAAACCAAGAAACAUUAUGUUGAGCUGGUCUGUGGAUUAAUCUGCCCUUCCUUUUCUACAUCUAUAUUUAAUGGUUCUAUAAACUAGCAAAUUCCUGUUAUAAUACCUCACAAUCUGGUGAGAUGUAUUCAUAAAUCCCCAGAAAUACUGUUUACAAUCACAUGUGACAAAAAAUCUGCAUCAAAUCUGGAGUUUACUGUUCAUAUUCUAAGAAAAGGGAGCAUCCACCACACCAGUGUUUCUCUAUAGCCAGGAAGGUUCAGGUGAAGGUAAAGCUCCUGCUGUGUGACUCAGAAAACAAAAGUCGGUGUGACGUCGCUGUUGCAACGAGCUUAAAUCGCCGCUCUGACCAUAAUGGAUGCAUGUUAGUGUGACGUCAGCCUGCUCACAUGAAGAAAACACACCAACAGCAGCAGUGUUUCAGGACUUUUCCUCGGUCUUUCUCUAUGAUCUUACUCUCCUGAAUGGGACACAGCUCAGAUUGGGUGAAACCUUUUUUUGUCUUUCCUUCUAAUUAUCGGGAGCUUUCACGGUUUCACCCGCAUUGUUGUCAACCUCAUUGAAGUUUGUACACGGAGGGCAGAAACGCGCACAACCGUAGUGCUGAAGAACACACAGCAGAGCAGUGGGAACAGGAACUAGUGUCUUUAUAAAUUUCAGGGUUAUUUUUUUUUUUUCAUGCAGUACAGUGUCCUUGUCUGUGAUGUCCAUGCAUUUCCACAGCUGUGAUGUAUGACCUGCAGUAGGAAAAGGGUUGAUUAGGGGUGCAUUGUGAUUAUUAUUAUUAUUAUUUUCUUUGUAGCCUUUACCAGUCAGGGGGAGAUAUUAUGAUCUUAUAGAGAAAUUUUGUCACCUCUCAAGGUGUCUUUUAUUUUUGUAAACCAAAAUGGUUUUUAUUGUUUUCAUUGAAAUGUAUGUUGUUGCACCUUUUUAGCCCAAUGUGUUACUUAAUAGUUGUUAAAUGUGCCAAAUAACUGUUGCUGAUUGAGUGGAACCAAUGGGAAGCCUCGUUUUCUCAACUUUUGACCCUUCUCACAAUGGACAUGGCAGAGGUGUAGAUGAAAAGUUAAAAAAUUAAAACACACAAAUACAUAUACACACACACACAUAAACUUUGCGGUGGGAUUUUUGAAGGGUACAAAACUGUGACCAAACAUUUUCUGGAGAAGAGGAGUGUUUUUUUGUGUUUGCACGCUUUUUGGCUUUCCACCAUGUUGCCAUUGGGACUCGCAUUGACACGCAUACACUCACACACACACAUCGCUCAGCUCUACUCCCAACUUGCUCCUGAAGAGUUUUCUUUCACACUGUAUGUAUAUCACGUGAGUGUAAGAGCAUACCUGUGCGUCAUUAUCGCUUUGUAUGUUCAUCCGGUGGAAUUUCUUAUUUUUUCUUGUCAUACACAGAUUCUCAGCACACGCUAACACACACAAGACAAUUUUAAAAGGUUGGCAUAUAGGUGAAAAAAAAUCAAAGUAUAUAUAAAUAUAUGUGUAUAUGAAAUGACAAAAUGCUCUAGGUUUAUUUAAAAGAUUUAAUGUAGAAAACAAAAUGAACUUGUUCAGGGGAGGUCGGGUUUUUUUUUUUUUUGAUGUGAGUAUAAUUGUUUGUGGUGAAGACUUCAGCUCGAAUCUUGCACAUAAAGACUUUAGAUAUUGUACCUGCGAGUUCCAGAUGAUUAUUUUUGUUUGAAUACCGGACUCUUUGCUCUUUCAUAUUUAUUGCGUGUGUGGGGAGCUCUCUCUCUCUCCUCCACGUGUUGGAGCUCUCAGCCGAGAGCUCGCUGUAGAAAAUCCUCCGAUUUGCGCCCAUCAGAAACCCUUUGUUUUGUUUUUCAUAUGCCACAGACAAACACAAAUACUACUGGCUUUGGGUUGUUAUUAUUACCAUUAAGGUUAUGAUAAUACUGAUAUAUAAUUGAUAAUAUUAUUCAAUGAUUAUUAGUAAAUUUAUUUUAUUUCAAAGAUUUGUUUUGUUUUGUUUUUUUGCGACAGAUAGGAAGUUACGUGUUGGACUGCUUGUAAAAACAGUUCAUGAAUAAAAAUCCUUUUUCCGUGUU